CUGGAGCAUGUGUUGGAAUAAUUGCUAUGUCUGCAACUUAUCCAAUGGAUAUGGUCCGAGGCAGGAUAACUGUACAGACCGAGAAAUCCCCUUAUCAGUACCGAGGAAUAUUCCAUGCUUUGACUACUGUGCUUAGGCAAGAAGGUCCACGUGCUUUAUAUAAGGGUUGGCUUCCUUCAGUAAUUGGAGUUGUUCCUUAUGUUGGUCUCAACUUUUCUGUCUACGAGUCUCUGAAAGAUUGGUUGAUUAAAGCUCGACCAUUUGGUCUAGCUCAAGAAUCUGAGCUGAGUGUGACAACACGCCUGGCUUGUGGUGCUGCUGCUGGAACCAUUGGACAAACCGCCGCGGGAUUUGAAAAUCUUAUCGGUUAUUAUGAGCCUCCAGUACAAGAGCUUAUUGUUAUUGAUGAAGUGCUCUCUGCUAUGGUUGGGGUUGAAGGACGUUACAUUUCAAUCAAAACACUUCGUGGAAAGAAGGAUGAAAUUAUUAAUUUCCUGGUGGACCCAUCUAUGGAUUUGACACUGCAGGAGUUGGCAAAACGGAUUUUCCCUCUUUGAAGGAGCUUUCUGUUGAUCAACCAAUUUGUGGAAUCAAGGUCUCAGUUCCAGAAUGGGCUAGUUAAUCAUGCCUUUUCUACCGCCCUUAGGGAAUUCCUUCUCGAUUACCAGGCCUUCGUGGCACAACUUGAGCACCAAUUCCGGCUUAGGAGACUUUCCCUUCAAGGAUUGUGGUUCUACUGUCAGCCCAUGUUGAGGUCAAUGCAGGCAUUGUCUACUGUCAUACAGAAGGCUUCAGCCAAUAAUUUUUCUGUUUCUGCCGUUCUUAACUUAUUGUAGAGCCAGGCAAAGGCUAUGGCUGGAGACAAUGCAGUCAGGUUGUUGCUGGAGAAAAUGACACAAUGUGCAAGUAGAGCCUACAUGAGCAUACUCGAAAGAUGGGUCUAUGAAGGAGUAAUAGAUGAUCCAUAUGGUGAAUUUUUCAUUGCAGGAGACAAAUCUCUUCAAAAGGAGAGUCUUACUAGAGAUUAUGAUGCUAAGUAUUGGCGACAGCGUUACAGCCUCA